ACAAGACCGAUGAGUCCCGAACGCUUCCGGAGAUUCUAAAAUGUGAUCCUGUCACUGGUUCUGUUUGCCAAUGCGCAAAUUGUUUUCUAAGUGUGUACAUACUUUACGAUACGCACCCACAUUCAAAUGUUGUACCAUUUUGUACCGUUUUGUACCGUUUUGUGCUGCUUUUUCUGCAACAAAGCAGAAAGCCCUGGAGGGUUUUCACCUGAUGGAGGAAGAUUCCAGCCACGAGCCAAACCCAAUCUAAGACCCAAGCCUUUAUCGGACACUUUUCAGAAGAAGGAGAUGAGUCAGGACAGACUCAAGGCGUUUAAGGGGGCUCUGCUGCAGGCCUUCAAGACCAAGCACUCCCAGUCGGUGGCGGUGGCCGAGCUGCUGGGCCUGGUCAACAAGGACCCCACUCCGGCCUAGGGCGAAGGCUUCCAGGAGGGGGAGGUAGAGCAGCUGCUGGGCCGCAUGCAGGACGACAACCAGGUCAUGGUGUCUGAGGGCGUGGUCUUCCUCAUCUGAUGGCAGACUCCUCUUCAUUCUGCCUCACAUCGCUAAUCAAACUCUGCCCCCCCCCCCCCCCCCCCCC